AUGCGAGAAUUCAGCAACGAGCCGGAGCUGAUGCCCAAAACUCCCUCUCAGAAGAACCGUCGGAAGAAGAGACGGGUGUCUAACAUUCAGGAUGAAAACAGAGAUCCCAUGAGGAAAAAAGGUUAUCCCGCAGGAAGUCUCGGAGCAGCCAGUUGGCACCGCUGCCUCCGCAGCAAGACAACUGCAGCGGUGGCGGCCUCUGUGCAUCAGCUGCUUCCUCUCCCACUGCUGAGUCUUCCCACAGUGGUCAAGAAAGCUGUGGUGGAUCCCAGCUCCAGCCACACCGCCAGCUUCCCAAGCAUCCUGACAUCGAGAGGAAUCAACACCCAAGGAUGUCAGAGCUGGAAGCUGGAAUCUGUCGCCGUGAGCUCCCUCAAGGCUACCCCCAGAGCCCCAAGAACAGAGGGUUGGGGCAGACGUUCUGUUUCCAAGCUCAAGAUUGCUCAGGCCUCCCGGGGCCUGCAGGACUCUCCUGGCUCUCCAGACUCUCCAUGGCAGGAGAGGGUGCUUUCUCCUCUCCUACCAAAUAACAUCUUGCCCACCACAGCAAGGCCCUCUUGGAAUGUUCGGUCAGUGCGACGAAGCCUGAUUUCCAGGAUUCCAAGUGCCACUAGCCACAAAGUACUGUUUGGUGCCAAACAAGAAAAUGCUAAUCAGUCAAGCAGAAGACUUGCUAGGAAGGGACAAGAGCCGGAGGCCUCUGCUCGCAUCAUCUGUCACAGUUACCUGGAGAGGCUCCUGAAUGUUGAAGUGCCUCAGAAAGUUGGCCUGGAGCAGGAGCCCACUGAGGAGGUUGAGCCUGAGGAAGCAGCGGAGGAGCCGGAGGGGGUCUCCAAAAACAGUGGCUGUACUUCGAAGCGUCACAGUGCCACCGAGAUUGUGAUUAAUACGCCUACCUCGAAGCCUGUGGCCACUGGCCAGGCAACAGCUAUUGAAGAGCAGCAAGAACCCCAGCUUGACCAAAGAGAUGGACACAGAGAACCACCGCAGAGUGUCAGGAGGAAACGCAGCUACAAGCAGGCAAUGAGUGAACCAGACGAGGAGCAGCCAGAGGAUGAGGAGCUUCACCCCCAGAACAAGACCCCUUCCCCACCCUGUCCGGCCAACAAGGUAUGUGUACGGCCCCUCCGGACCUUCUUGCACACAGUGCAGAAAACCAAUGCUCAUGACCCUACUUUUGCCUCCCGAAGCAGUGUCAUGAAGUCCUUCAUUAAACGCAACACUCCCCUCCGUGUGGACCCUAAGUGCAGCUUUGUUGAGAAGGAACGCCAGCGCCUGGAGAACCUGCGGCGGAAAGAGGAGGCUGAGCAGCUGCGCAGACAGAAGGUGGAGGAGGACAAGCGGCGGCGGCUGGAGGAGGUGAAGCUGUAAGAAGCGUGAAAGCGCCUCCGCAAGGUGCUGCAGGCCCGUGAGCGGGUGGAGCAGAUGAAGGAGGAAAAGAAGAAGCAGAUUGAGCAGAAGUUUGCUCAGAUUGAUGAGAAGACAGAGAAGGCUAAGGAGGAGCGCCUGGCAGAGAAGGCCAAGAAGAAGGCAACUGCCAAGAAGAUGGAGGAGGUCGAGGCGCGGAAGCAGGAGGAGGAGGCGCGCAGGCUCAGGUUGCUCCAACAGGAGGAAGAGGAGCAGCGGCAUUACGAGAUGCUCCAGCGGAAGAAGGAGGAGGAGCAGGAGCGGCGCAAGGCAGCUGAGGCCAGGCGACUGGCAGAGCAGCGUGAGCAGGAGCGGCAAAGGGAGCAGGAACGCAAGAGGGAGCAGGAAUGUCUUCAGGCCAAGAGGGAGAUGCAGGAGAGAGAGAAAGCCCUGCGGCUACAGAAGGAGCGACUUCAGAGGAACUGAGGAAAAGAAGAAAGA